CAACGACAGCGAUUCCCCGGAGCCGCGUCCUCGCUCCUGCCUCUUGCGCCGCCACCUUCACGGAGGGGCCUCUGGGGCGCCGGGGGAGGGAACGCGGGGGAACAGUCGCGGCUCGACGCCAUGAAACUCCGCGUACGGCUGCAGAGGCAGACGGCUCCGCUGGAGUUGCCAGAGGCGGAGCCACGGCUGGGGGAUUUGCGUGCGCACCUUGGCCAAACCCUCUUGCCCGCUUGGGGUUACAGUUCUGACAUCAAGUAUGCAAUAACAUUGAACAACAAAGACUCCCUUACUGGAGAUGAGGAAACCCUAGCAUCAUUUGGGAUAGUUUCAGGAGACUUGAUAUGUUUGAUAUUGGAAGAUGCUGAGGCAGAAUUAAGAGUAUUUCCAACUCACACUUCAUCCCUGCAUCCACAACAGAAUAAUCAUGAACCAUCCACUUCAGCCAUAUGUCACAACCAAUCCAAAAUCCUAGAAAGUGAAAGACAUCAUGGACAUCCAUCAGACCAUAAAGUUCAAGAUAAUAUUCAGUUGAGUGACAUUACGGCAGAAUCCAGCCAAGCAUUUGCUUCAGAGGCUGAAUCUGAUGACUUUGAUCUCCAAGAAGCUGCAGGUUCUUAUCCUUCAGAGCCAAUGCUUUGCUCUGAAGCUACAGAUGGGCAAGUACCACACUCCCUUCAGACCCUGUACCAUUCUGCAGAAUGUACCAGUGCCAAUGAUGCCUUGAUAGUUUUGAUCCAUCUUAUAAUGAUGGAGACAGGAUAUAUACCUCAAGGAACAGAGUCAAAGGCAACACAAAUGCCUGACCAAUGGCGGAACAGAGGUGUUUAUAAGCUACAGUAUGCCCACCCUCUCUGUGAAAAUGGCUUUGCUGCCCUUACUUGUGUGCCUUUGGGGGACCUUAUUGUUAUCAAUGCAAUGUUGAAGAUUGACAUUGACAUCAAAAGUGUGAAGAGACUGCAGCUUCUGCCAGCUGCUUUUAUCUGUUUUGAAGACUCAGGAAAUGUUGCAGGCAUGUAUAAGGACCUUCAGAAGCUCUCUUGUCUCUUUAAAGAUCGACUGGUAUACCCUCUUCUGGCUGCUGCUCGGCAAGCAUUGAAUCUACCAGAUGUGUUUGGCUUGGUGGUUCUUCCAUUGGAGCUGAAACUCCGGAUCUUCCGGCUCUUGGACUUUCGCUCAUUAAUUUCUUUAUCUGCUGUUUGCCGUGAUCUUUAUGCUGCUUCAAGUGAUCAGUUAUUGUGGAGAUUCAUAUACUUGCGAGAUUUUAGAGAUCCUGUUGCCAGAUCUCGAGACACAGAUUGGAAAGAACUGUACAAGAAAAAAUUGAAACAGAAGAAAGACGCACUAAAGUGGAGGCACAUGAUGUUUCUGCCCCCUCCUCCCCUCCCCAUGCCAUUUCAUCCCAGUCCACUGUAUCCCAACCCCUUUUCUCCUAAUCCCCUUUAUCCCCCUGUUAUCAUUGGUGGUGAAUUUGAUGAAAGGCCAGCACUCCCCUCCAUUGGUGAUCCGAUAAGCUCCCUCUUUCCUGGCCCUGCUGAGCUUCCAAGUCAGUAUCUUCCUCUUGCCCCACACUUAGAUCCAUUCCCUACUUUGCCAUAUUUUGAUCCAUUUGUGUCAUUUCAAGAACCCAAUCCAACCCUUCCAGGAAGAGCCAGUCGGAGCCGCCCAAUUGAUAGUCGCCGUGCAUUCAUAUGAAGACUCUUUCAGUCUUGUCUAUAAAGUUUUAAACCUCUCUUUGUGGGCUUACUUUAAAACUCUAGUAUGCUUCAGAGCUAUGAUGUCUACUGUUUUAAAAUUAUGGCAAUGUAUACCUACUAUAGCAUCUUGAUUCCACAGACCUGGGCCCAACAAUUCAGUGCAAUUUGUCCUGUCUCCUUUGGAAAUGGAGAUCCUGUUUGCAAGAAUAUUGUGGGACACUUUAUUCUUUUCAUUUUGAGUGGCAGGCUGCUUCUUAGAAAGUAGAAGGUUCGCUUUUGUUACAUCAGAUAAAAAGCACUUUAAAAUAUAAACAAUUAUGUUGGCCUGGGUUGUUUUAAUUUUUAAAUCUGCGAUUUAAAUAUCUGUCCUAUGCUCUUUUCUCCCAGUAAUUAGCCUGACUAAAUGCUUUUUCCAUGAAAAGACUUUUCUGUUCUAUGCAAUAUCUGACAGGUAGAAGGCACAGGCUGCAAAGAUGCUUGAUUUGAUUCUUCAGACACUUUAUAGUGAUUGAGAGUUUCCCCCCCUUCUUUCUCCUUAUUACUUGAAAAACAAUAUUGGUGUUGGGGAUUUCAAAAGGCAAAGAAUACUGAGUUAAAAUGAUUUUUUUUACAUAUGAGAGAAUAAGACAUUGAACUGUUCACCUUACAAACAGUUGAAUAAUAACAUGCUACAGUACAACUCAGAAGAUGAGAAAUGGUGAUCAAGAAUGUCAAAAGCUCUGACAAAAAGUUGCUGCUUUUCUAUCCCAAUUGCUCUCUGGUAAAUAUCAGCAGAAAGUACCCUAAGUACUUUAUGAAAUAAAAUGACAGGUCCAUUUGUACAUUUAAAGAAGCAUUGUGUGGUUGAUGGGACUAAUGAGCAUAAUAAUAGUUUUUACCAUUUUUGUUUUCAGCCAACUAAGUUGGGUAAACAUUCCUAGUUAUUUUUAAAUGUAUAGUUGCAAGAUGUGCAAUUCUUAGGGAUAAAUAUACAUAAUUGUAUGUUCAUCUAGUUGGUCAACUCAGAAGUCAUAUGUCUUAUUAGAAGACAUCUCCUUUCUUAAAGGUUGAGCACAAAUAAUAUAACAUUGGAUGACAGUCCAUUGAUGGUUUCUUAAGAGAAAGUAUAUUAUUUUUGCCAUUCUUCAGAAUUUUUCUCAGUAUUUUCAGCCUCAUUAACAAAAAAAUUAUUUAGGUGCACUGAUUUUGAUAACAUCAGUUUUGCCUCAUCCAAAAUUUGAAUUUGAUAAGGGAUUGCACAUACUGCUACAUUGUGAGAAUAAAAUAGGUAGCUGUUAUGCCUUACAGCUCAAGCUCUAAAAUUCCUUGGUUUUACAUUAAUGAGCUCAUAUGUUAAGUACAUAAAUUAAAUAUGUGAUUUGUAUUUAGAAUAUAUAGUAUUUUAUAUGUGCAGCAUUACGAAGACAUGUAUCUGCUAUCAGAAGGAGUAUUCAAUAUUAGUGACCAACAGCUAAUACUUAAGUGCUAGUUUAUAAUACACUAAAGUGCUAUAAUCAACCUUGUUAGAACUCAAACACACAAAUCAGUUCUAACAUGGCUUGAGUCUAACAAUGUGAUUUUGCUUUACUACCAAACUAUUGGUCCUUUUCAGUUGUAUUUCUAAUACUUGUUGUGUGAUGGCAUAUUUCUACUUCGGAUGCAUACUGCUCAGAAUAUUGCAGAUGGUAAAAACCUUUGCUCCAACAACUAUACAAUGUUGGUGCAGUUAGCCCUUUGGCUUGCCAAAUAGGCUAACUAGUUGUGAGAGGAAUUAUUUAACAUUUCUGUAAUAUUUCAGUGCAAAAAGGACUAGUAUGUAAUCAUUCUAUCCUUACUGAGGUAGGUUAAACUUCCUUGAGAGUUGAAGGUGAAAUUUAGUAGAUCUAGGAAUUAUGUUAAUCUAUGACAUGCUGGCGCAUGGGAAACUCUGCACUAGCAAGUUCUAUAGUAGUCGUCCAGUCUGUUUCCUUUCAAGCUGUGAAGUCGUUAUACAGUUGGAGGUAUAUUACCAUCCUACAUGACACAUUGAGAGCUCAAAGUCAUACCAAUAAGGUUGAAGAAAUUAGGCCACAUUACUAUGAAAAUUUAGUUCAGCGCAGCACGUGCUGGGUUUGACAGACAGUGCAAAUCGGCUUACUUUAAAUGGAAAGAUUCCUGUAUCUGUCCUCUACUUGAAAUGCUGAAUUGUUCUUCAGAUAAUCAGCUUGUUCCAGAAAGCUGCUAAACAUCCAAAGCAUUCAAAGCAGUGGUGGCAUUUGUUUUGCUCAGUCUACCAAAUGCUUUUACAGGAUUUAGGAAAAACGCAGGGCAGUAGGUAAGGUUUCAUGCUAGAACUUGGGGUGAAAAUCUCUUGCUCAUGUAACCAGAGCUUUGCCUGUGCAAACAAUAUUCGGGAGCAAAGCAGGCGGUGUGGUUUUUGGGCUUGGCUCUUCUGAGUUGAAAAACAAAUGUGUUUGCAGUAGCCUUACUCUAGAACCUAAUUAUGUACAGCAUUUCUGUCAAGUGGAAUGCCCUGUUUACAUCAGUUUUGCAUCAAUAGUGCAAGUGAAAGGGAAGUCAUAUUAAUGUUUAAAGUGAGAAAGACCCUGCUAAAACUUUGCAGCAAGACUCUUACUUUCCUCAUCUCCUUUUUUAACAUUUCACUUGUAUCCUGACUUCGUUGGGCUGCCAAGAUGUUAUGGUAUAAUGCAUCAUUUGGACACUGAUACUGGAGGGAAAAGUUUUGAGGCUGGAAAGAAACAUUCUUUUCCCAUGUUUUUCAUCCUGGAUGUGUUGUUACUUCCUGUUCUGCUGGCACUGAAAUACUACUUUGCUCUACUUCACGGUGGCUGGCUUCCUUCUAAACAGCUUUAUCACUUUUGUAUGCACAUAUGUAACUGGCUUGUGGUUACUUCCCUUUGCAAAAUAAGAAUUUUAUGACUCUUGAAUUUCUCGAGAGAGAGAGAGAGUUCAUUGUGAAAUCCUUGUCCCAAUGUGGUUCAAAGAUCUUUGCUUCAGUCAAUUUUCCCCUGAAACACAUCUUACAACUGCUAUAAAGAUAAAUUCUGACAUGCUGAUAGGUGUAGUUCGAGCCUUGUAUAUUCUUUUCCAAACACAUGGUACUUCAAUAUAAAGGCUCACAUCAAUGUAGUUUAAUUUAUUACUUGGAAAUAGCACAGUUGAUACUGAAUCUUAGGCAAGUUGCACUAUUGUAACAGAGCAAGCAAAGCAUUUUAAUUUUAAAUGAUCUGUUUAUACAUUGCUGCACCUGGGAAUCAGAAUGGAUUUAAUCCUGGAUGUAUACUGACCAAAGUAAAAUGAUUCAGCUUC